AGUGCCAAGUGCCUGGUGAAGCUAUGAAGCUGGUACUCUCACUGUCCGUGCCAGUGUGUGUGAGUGCCUGUGGCUGCUCGCGCCGCUGACUCCGCUCCUCUCCACACUUCUAGCACAGUGACACAUCUUAUAUUCAGGAAUAUAAAUUGUGAUUUGACAAUGAUCCAAGAAGGACCGAGAUGUCGUCAUAAGGUUCCUCUCCUAGGCUCCAGUAAACUGAGGAUCAUAGAGAGCAGGAUGCCGCUGACUGAGGUGGUAGAGGAACCUAGUGUAUUCAAGCCUCAGGACGAUGCAGAGAAACACUGUCGCUGCUACAAAGGUGCUGCGGGUGCAGAUGGUCACACUCACUUGGUAGACGACAUUGAGUCUGUCUCCCUUCAGAAAUCCACCUACUACAGCCGGGUCUCCAGUGAGUACACUCAAAACCGGAUCGUUAAAGGGGGACUGAAGAUACCUAAGAAGGGCUUCAGGACUCUGAGAGACGAGUGUCUCAAAGCUAAGAAGCUAUACGAGGACCCAGAAUUUCCACCCAAUGAUUAUUCCAUUGCCUUCAAUGGUGUUACUCGCAGAUCCUAUGUUUGGAAGAGACCUCACGUAAGCCACAUUAUUUAUGGUUAUCUUGUUCUAAACGCGUUAAACAAAAUAUUUGACUUGCAGGAGCAGAAAAUUAUCACGCCCUUGAUCAAACCUCACCUGCAGAAUGCACUGGCCAUCAUGAAUAAAACUCUCUCUGGUGUGGCUUCCACUGCAGGAGUAACCUCCAACCUCCUGGGCAUGUUUCACCUUCCACAGAGCCUAGUCUCUUUAACCAACUGGAACCUUAGCAUGGCUUUUCCUGAGGGCAAGGCUGAGUUAAUUCGUCUGCAUAAUCCAUGGGGUAAUGAAACAGAAUGGAAAGGGUCCUGGAGUGAUAAAUCCCCAGAGUGGGCUACCAUCACUGAAGAGGAAAAGAAACGUCUUGGACUCACCUUCGAUGAUGAUGGAGAGUUCUGGAUGAGUUUUCAGGAUUUUGUUAAGAACUUCACAACUGUUGAAGUUUGUGAUGUUACCCCAGAAGUCUUUGAUCAUAAUAGUUUUGAUGAGGAAAAUGGUAAUGAAAAUCAAGUGGACCAAGUACAGAAGAGAUGGCAGAUGAUGAUAUACGAAGGUGCUUGGGCCUCCCACCAUAGUGCAGGAGGUUGCAGAAACUUUAUUAAUACAUUUGCAAGCAACCCACAGUACUCAGUCCAGUUGGAGGAUCCAGAUGUUGAUGAUGAUGAUGACCUCUGUACUAUAGUUGUCUCCCUCAUGCAGAAGAAUGUUAGGCAGCUGAAACGUUAUGGAGUUGACUAUGUCCCAAUUGGCUUCACUAUAUAUAAGCUACCGCCAGACAUGCAACCAGAACAAAAGCUCGACACAGAGUUCUUCAAGUAUAAUCCCAGCAUUGCCAAGGUGCCAUUCUUCCUUAAUUCUCGUGAGGUUACCACUAGGUUCCGUUUCCCUCCUGGUACUUAUGUUAUCAUUCCCUCUACUUUUGAGCCUGAAAUGACUGGAGAGUUCCUCCUCCGGAUCUUUACCGAGGCGAAGAGAAAAUAAUUUUUGCAAUAGCUUUAUCAGGUCGUUACAGUACUGAUUGACAUGUGAAUUUAGUGGGGGGUUUUCAAAUACAGAAAAAAAAAAAUUCGAGCCAUAAUUUUAGAUCACUGGAACAGAAAUGGACACCACCACCCUAGUAAAUUACCCAAGUCCUUCACAUGGUUUUUACAUAUGUAUAUAGUUUUAUAUCGAGUACAUAUAAGCAUUUUUUUUUUCCCCAACAUGCUGGCCGUGUCCCACCAAGGCAGGGCGACUUGAAAAAAGAAACACUUUCACCCUUAUUUGCACUAUCACUGUCUUACCAGAGGCAAGUUAUGACAAGAUCUUGUGCUGUUGUCCAUCAUUAAUCAAAUAAAAUGCUAAACCCUUAAGUGUCAUACAGCGCUGGCAUGCUGUUUAAUGGUAGAGAAUGGAGCAAAACAGAAUGACUUCAAGAGUGUAUCAGUCUGUAGUGGAAGGAAGGCGGGGUAGGGGUCGGCCUAGGAAAGGUUGGAGGGAGUGAGUUAAGGAGGUUUUGUGUGUGAGGGGCUUGGACUUCCAGCAGGCAUGCGUGAGCGUGUUUGAUAGGAGUGAAUGGAGACAAAUGGUUUUUAAUACUUGACGUGCUGUUGGAGUGUGAGCAAAGUAACAUUUAUGAAGGGAUUCAGGGAAACCGGCAGGCCAGACUCGAGUCCUGGAGAUGGGAAGUACAGUGCCUGCACUCUGAAGGAGGAGUGUUAAAAACUGUAGUGUAAAGCACCCUUCUGGCAAGACAGUGAUGGAGUGAAUGAUGGUGAAAGUUUUUCUUUUUCAGGCCACCCUGCCUUGGUGGGAAUCGGCAAGUGUGUUAAUAAAUAAAAAAAAUAGUAAAUAACCAAAACUAAAGUGGACUCUGUUAGAACUAAGGUUUUCGAGGACUACUUUUAACCAAUAAAAUUGAUAGGUUCUAUUUAAAUUGUAAUAAUGAGUAAACGUAUUUAGUUAAAAAAAAAAAAAUAACACCAUAUGUCUUCCACCUAGGCAGGGUGACCCAAGAAUUUUUUUUUUUUUUUUUUUUUCAUUGAACUGGUUGUAUCCCACCAAGACAGGGUAACCUAAAAAGAAAUGAAAGUUUCUUUUUAAAUUUAGUAUUGUAUACAGUAGUAGUAGUAGUUACUAGCCUCUUACUCUUGGCAUUUUAGUCACCCCUUAUGACACACAUGGCUUUGGCCUUAGAGGAAGAAUUCUGUUCCACUUCCACAUGGAAUUAAUUAAUAUAGGCAUGUAAAAGUGACAAGUGAUUAUUACACACAGUACAAUGUAGGCAGAAUGGCAACAAGUGAUUGCAUUUAUCUAGGAUAAGCCAACAAAGUCAUAUAGAUUUUUUUUUUUUUUUUUUUUUUAAGUCUUUGAUAUUGUCUCUGCCUCUCAUUCCAAGCCUCUGUCUGUCCAAUAGUAAUUGUAACUUGGAUAAAUUAUUAAUCAGAACUAAGUGCUAAACCCACAAGUCAUACAGUGCUGCAGGGUAGGGUAAACUGGAUAAAGUAAAAUUUCAUGGUAUUUGCUUUGUGCCAAACCCAAAUGUCUUUCACAUGCAACUGUCUAGUGAAUAUGUAUUAUUUAACCUUAGAUUACAAAUACUGUAAUUUUUAUAAAAGGCUUGGAGUGUAUCAAUAACAAACUUGAAUAUUGCUGUGCAAUAACUAUUAUUUUAAAUUACCUUUAGGAUUACAUACAAUAUAAUUGUGUGUAUUGUGCCAAAUUCUUACUGCUUCCUAGUCUCUGGAAUGUACUUGUAUGUAAAGUACUACAUUUUACCACCCACAUUUUGUUAAAUUUAGACUUGGGUAGCAUUUACUUGUCUAUAGAUGUGUAUACUAGUUUUGCUAUUUAAAAAGACAUAAGCCACAAUUUACUGCAGUACUUUACACACUAAUACUGUCAUCCCUCAUGUAGGGAUGAAAAUAAAAACUAUAUAUAUACAAUGAGUAAUGCUUUACACACUUCUCAAUGUAUUAUAUAAUUAUUAUAAUCAUGUGGAAGCACUAAACCCAUAGGAUUAUACAGCACCUGUGGGGAAUGGAAGGUAUUCAGGCUUAAUUCGGGGAACUGGAGCACAGACCUAAUUCCCUAGAUCAAGAGCCCCUCACCAUCAAGGAACUUCUCAAUGUAAAUUUAAUUUUGUGGACAUUAGUUUGCUAGAAUUAACACUGUUGAGUGCACAAGGAUCAUUGAGGCAGCAGUUCUGUAUAAUCACAUGCAGAUUAAAUUCUCUAUACAUAGUGAGAAAUAGACACCUCAUGUAUAUACUGUUUCGUUUAUCAGGAAAAGGUGUCUUACAUGGACCUAAGAUGACCUGUGCCAAUGCAUUGAGCAUGUGAACUGCACAUGUAGAAAUGUUAUGUACAUAAAGUAACAUUGAUUUAACACUUGUAUUUUGUGUGUAGAUAUAUGCUGUAUAUAUCUACAUACUAGUGCCUUGAAUGUAACUGCAGAAUUUUAAAAUAUCACUUUAGUAGAAAUGAGUGUAUAGACAUUUAUAAAUAUUGUUUAAUGAAAGUUAAAACCACCCUAUGCUUAAAAUUGUAAAUACAGUGAAUCUGUUUUUGUAAAGUAUCAUUUGGAACCAUAAACAUUGUAAAAGAGCAUUGUUACUAUUUCAUAUGUGCACAUUUAUUUUUCAGGAGUGAGAAUGUAUCUUUAAAUUACCUUGACUCGCCUUUUUUUUUUUUUCAGGUUAAAAGAUUGGUAUGAAAUAAAAUAUUUAAUAAAAAUCAUUUAAUGCAUUGUUCUGGUUGUUACUCGAGCCAAGAAAGGUAUCCCACGAACUUACUUAUCCCCCUGUACCUCGUAGCAUGCAAAAUGAACAAUCCUGAGUGUGGCACAAGUUUCUUAUGCUGUUAAAUAUACCAACCAGCACUGAAAAUUUUUAA